UGCAAUACUGUUCUCAUUAUGAAGAACUGACAGAAUACCAAAUAUAUGGUUGCAGGUAUUCUGAUUUAUAUGAUGGGUGGAAGUUCGAUUGAUGAUGACUGGGAGCUUCCCUUUUCUAAUGCUGCUCGCACUGUGAUCUUAGUUGGACGCACUGGUAAUGGAAAAAGUGCCACAGGCAACAGCAUUCUUGGCAAAAAAUCCUUCAGUUCCAAGCGUAGCUCUAGUGGUGUCAUGAGCAAUUGUGAAUUGAAGACUGCUAUCUUGAGAGAUGGACAAGAAGUUAAUGUCCUGGUCUUUUUGAAUAUUCUGCCAGAUCAGACUUUAUUGGCAAAGAAAUUGUCAAAUGCAUUAGUUUGGCUAAGGAUGGGAUCCAAUCAUCCAUGCUGUUCUAGUGGACUUGUGGUUUUCUCAACUAGACCUCGCUUUUCACAAGAAGAGGAGUCUGCAAUCCUUAGCUUGCAAGCUCUAUUUGGCAGUAAAAUCUUUGACUAUAUGAUUGUUGUCUUUACGGGAGGGGAUGACUGAGAAGAAAAUGAUGAGACUUUGGAAGAUUAUUUCGGCCGUGAUUGCCCGGAGCCUUUAAAGAUUUGUUUCCAAAUGAUAUCAAACUCGGUGAAAAUGGUUGCCUUCUCUAAACUGAGACAGUUCUUGGGAUCUCCUCCUGUUGGGAUCCCUCCUUAAUUGGAGGAGACAAAGACAAAGGAAAAGUUGCAGAAAACAUGCAAAAGGAAAAAUAGCAGAAAGUGAAAGCAAAAAGGAAAGGUGAAAGGAGAAAGCAUGCAAGGGAAAGAAAAAGAAGGAGACAUGCAUGGAAACAUGGAACGUGAGAAAGGGAAAAGCAUGGCUUUGCUUUUCAUGUGUUCACACCUAUGACUUCACACCUAUGACUUUGCUGCCACUCGCUGCAUGGUAUGUGCAUGAAGUGCACUGCCUAUAUAUUGGCAUAUCGGCAGCAGCAGAAGGUGAGAGAGGGCAGAGAGCCCAAACUCCAGAAAGGAGAGAGCAGAAACAACUCUAAGGGUCUUCGUGUAUAGAAGCAAAGUGAGUUGUGUUCAAGAGUGUGUAUAGCUCUUGGGGUAGAGUAAUCUUCUAGGAUUGAGAGAGGGUGUACAAGGGGUAUCCGAUUGGAUACAAGGCUCGGGUUGGGUAUAAACUUAAGUGCUCUAGUUGUGUAUAAACUUGAGUGGUGUAUCUUGUACUUGUGUGAUUCUCUCAUAGUGAAUAUGAAAACUCUCUGAGGACGUAGGCAUGGAUUUUGGCCGAACCUCGUUAAAACUUGUUGUCUUCUUAGUUUGCUUAUUUAUUCUUUCCAUCUCUACUAGUAGUACUUGCGUGACGGGGAUUAAUUUCCCAACACCUCCCUGUUCAUUGCUUACAUCAAAUGUUAAAUGUGUUACCACUUUACCAGAAAUAUUGUUGUCAUUGUCAUUUGUUGUUCCAAAAAA